AUGCAUCUCCAACAAUCUAUACCGCGAGUUGCUGUGGCUGCCGGCUUCUUCGGUAGCCUCGUUGGCGCUGUUGCCGUCAACCCUCUGCCAGCCCCGCAAAACAUCACUUGGGGUACAUCAGGACCGCUGUCUAUAGCUGGGUACUUGAUCUUGAACUCAGCAGCCGAUCAGGUCGUCAAUGAUGCUUGGUCUCGUGCAUGGAAUACCAUCAACACAUUACAAUGGGUUCCCGCUGCAGUUGAAUCUCCCAUCGCCUCAUAUCCGCCUUACCCAACAGCCACGCCGUCGUCCAGGAUCAAGCGGUCGGGCUCAUAUUUGAGCCAAAUCGACCUCACCAUCGCGGAUACCUCAGCUGACCUUCAACAUGGCGUGGAUGAGUCUUACACCAUCGACAUCACGUCAAGUUCCUCGGCCAUCAGCAUCACCGCGCAAACCGUCUGGGGCGCUCUGCAUGCAUUUACGACCUUGCAGCAGCUAAUCAUCUCUGAUGGACAGGGAGGCCUCAUAAUCGAGCAACCGGUAUCGAUCACGGAUGCUCCACUCUACCCCUACCGAGGAAUCAUGAUCGACUCGGGACGGAACUUCAUCAGCGUGGCAAAAAUCUACGAACAGAUCGACGGGAUGGCGCUGUCGAAGCUGAACGUUCUUCACUGGCAUAUUGUGGACGCCCAAUCCUGGCCGAUCCAGAUCAACACUUACCCACAGAUGACUCAAGGCGCUUACUCUGCCAAACAGAUCUACUCGCAGGACGACAUCAAGGCCAUCAUCGCUUAUGCUCGAGCUCGCGGUGUGAGAAUCAUUCCUGAGGUCGAUAUGCCGGGCCAUGCAUCCCAGGGAUGGACAGCAGUCGAUCCCAGUAUCGUCGCGUGUGCCAAUUCCUGGUGGUCAAACGAUGUCUGGGCGUACCACACGGCCGUGGAACCCAAUCCGGGUCAACUCGAGAUCCUCAACAACAAAACGUAUGAAGUCGUCAAGAAUGUGUAUACCGAGCUGUCUGCCCUCUUCGCCGACGAUAUCUUCCACGUCGGUGGCGAUGAGAUUCAGGUGGGCUGCUACAACUUCAGCACUCUGGUGCAAGAGUAUUUCGCGCAAAACUCGUCCCGGACAUACGACGAUCUACUGCAGGUCUGGGUCGACAAUGCCAUCCCAAUUUUCAAGUCGGUCUCCAACAAGCGAUUGAUGAUGUGGGGCGACGUGUUGCUCAAUACACCGCACGCCAACAAUCUACCCAAGAAUGUCAUCAUCCAAGCAUGGAACAACGGUCUGCAAGACAUUGACAAUGCGACCAAGCUAGGCUACGACGUGGUCGUCUCGUCCUCGGAUUUCCUGUACCUAGACUGCGGCUUCGGUGGCUGGGUGACCAACGACCCACGGUAUAACGAAAUGGUCAACCCGAAUGUCUCGGUCCCGAACUUCAACUAUCUAGGUACCGGCGGCUCGUGGUGCGCACCGUACAAGACCUGGCAACGGAUCUACGACUACGACUUCACCUUGAACCUGACGGACGCGCAGAAGAGCCAUGUCCUCGGAGCUGAGGUCCCGCUCUGGUCCGAACAAGUCGACGACACGGUGAUUUCCUCCAAGAUGUGGCCCCGCGCCGCAGCCCUGGCAGAACUCACCUGGUCGGGCAACACGGAUCCAAGCACGGGGAGUAAGAGGACGACGCAGAUGACGCAGCGGAUCCUGAAUUUCCGAGAAUAUCUCGUGGCGAACGGAGUGCAGGCGGCGCCGUUGGUGCCGAAGUACUGUCUGCAGCAUCCGCAUGCUUGUGACUUGUAUGCGAAUCAGACGGCGCUGGCCGAGUACGCGACGACGCAAUGA